UUGAUUAUCGACUUUCAGUUAUUUUUUUAAAUUCAACUUAGACAAAAAAGAUGGAUAAAUUCCAGUGAUUUUUGAAUGCAAGUUCCGACGCGGAACUAACGCUGCAGAAACAGCUAACAAUAUCAAUGUUGCGUUUGGAGAGGAUACUGUUAAUGAACGCACUGCGCCAUUUUGGUUUAAACGCUUUCGUGAUGGAAAUUUGAUUGGAAGAACGAACCACGUGGAAGACCGCCCACACAUGUGAAUAAUAAUGAAUUGAAAAGAUGAUGAAAGCCGAUCCGAGCCAAACUACCUAGGAAUUAGCGGCAUUGUUUAAGAUUACCUUACCAACAAUAUUGACUCAUUUGCGUCAAAUCAAUAAAAUAAAAAAAUAUGGAAAAUGGGUGCCUCAUGAUUUAACUGAUCUGCAAAAAGAAACGCAUGUUAAGACUUGUUUUGCCUUGUGGAAUCGGUACAGAAAAGAAGGAAUAUUGGACCGAAUUGUGACAUGUGAUGAAAAGUGGAUUCUUCACGAUAACCAUAAACGAAAGAUGCAAUCUCUGACCCAAAGUCAAACGCUGCAGCAGUGUCCUAAAGCAAAGCUUACCAAUAACAAGGUGAUGGUGUUUGGUGGUCUCAUCUUUUUUUUCUCUCCUACCUAAGCUGAUGGUCUUGAGAGACCAUAUCAGCGUAACUUUAACUAGUAGGUGAGCUCACGGAGCUCAACCCUGACGACGUUGCUAACACGAACCCUAGCAAGAGCCGUGCUUCGCAGAAUCUACCACCGGAUCGAAAACACGACCCACUGAGAAGAUCCGGCGAGAAACUCAGUGGGCUGUGACAGUGGGUAAAUUUAUUCGCCGAGCCCUUCGUCGCAAGCGACGCUUUCGACGAGAACAAUGAUCCGUGCUUGGGGUACCUAGAAGCAUCGUUAGUGGAUCGGGAGGAUCCGAAAUGACGUGUGGUCUCAGCAUGCUGUUAUUCUCUGUAGCUUUCUCCGAUCUGGUCAGCCAAUAAUGGCAGAUGUCUAUUGUGCCAAACUCCGAACAAUGAUACCAAAACUUGCAGUGAAACAGCCUCGACUCAUGAAUCAAUCUUCACCAUUAUUGCGCCAUGAUAACGCGAGAUCUCAUACAGCACGAGAAACCGUUUUAACUUUACAGGAACUGCAAUUAGAAGCCACUCGUCACUCUCCGUAUUCGCUAGACCUUGCUCAACAGACUACAAUUUUGUCGUGAUUUAGACAAUUUUCUUCCCAGGAGGCAGUACAAAAUGCUUUCACACAGCUUGUAGAAUCUAGAUCAUCAGAGUUCUAUCGCAAAGGCAUAAAUUACCUUCUGGUAGCAAUGUAUAGAUAAUAAUGGUAGAUAUUUUGAUUAAAUAAAUAAGUGAAAUGAAAAAAAAGCGAAUUUCAAUUUUUUAGAACAAAUCGACAAUUUCAUGAUUUAACCCAUAAUAUUUUUGUUGUUGGAAAAUGCAAUGUUUCUUUUGCCAGUGAAAUAAAAAUUCCGUUCCUCACAAAAAAAAACAAAUUGGAAUUUAAAUUAAUAACUACGGGGAAUCGAGUGCAAGAUAAUAUUUAAAGUACGGUACUAACAUUGCAUAACAGCAAAAUUUAUUAUAGUAAUAUUCCUAUCAUACUUCAAGACGUGUACAUAUCCCACUUUGCGCCGAAAAUAAUUUAAAGUUGACAGGUCGUAUUCUAGUGAAAAGGUUACGUAAAAAGGAAUUUAAAAUAACGAACUUGCGAAUCGAAUGGUCAAUUCGAAAUAAUAGACCAAAACUCAACAAAUGUAAAAUAGAUAAACAAAAUGCUUAUAUCAGAUGGUAUAAACCACGGGAAAUUACAAUCAAUAAUUCUUGGUGAACUGAAAAAAGCAGGUCUUAAGCAUCGUCUAAAGAAGAUAAUUCUUAAAAAUAUCAAAGAUAACAAGACGGUGUUUGGAGCACCAUUGCUGAAAGUUCCAUCAUGCAGUGUUAUAUGCUGUGGCAGUACACUAAGUGUACCCCAGAUUGUGACCGAAAUGUCCUCAGUGCUUCGAGCUAAUGCACAUAUAGAAGGCUUAUUCCGAAAAGCGGGAUCACAGUCACGUCAAAAGGAUAUCAAGCGUUUAUUAGAUGCUGGAGGAUGCGUCUCUGAUGGGCAUCAUCCAAUUGAUGUGGCAAGUGUAUUGAAACUUUACUUAAGAUGUCUACCUGAGCCUCUCAUCAGUGCUGAAGUCCAAGACUUAUUAUUGCGAUGUCGUCUUACUGCUGGUGAUGAGGCUCUUAAACCUAUCCUGCACACAUUACUAUUACUGCCAGUAUUACAUGUUCAUCUCCUUCACUAUGUUAUGGAGUUAUUAAACUAUAUUGCAUCAAACCAUAAACAAAAUUUAAUGGACUCAUCAAACCUGGCUAUAGUAAUGGCACCUAGUAUUAUGCCAUUACCAGCUUCUGCUUCCACACAGAGAUUGGAACAUCAUGUGGCACUUGUUAAGAUGUUCAUUGAAAACUCUCAACACAUAGGGUUACUAACGGAAGAUCUAAUGAUGCAAUUGGAUGAUGACUCUGCAAUUUAUAGAGCUAGAAGAAAAAAAAGACGUAGUGGGUCUCUUAACCGAAUGAUUUCUGGGCUACGCAAAAUGGUGUCCAGUAGCGUGCACACUCCCGCAACGGUACGAGAAAGCGGUAAAACUCCAAUUCUAAGCAAGUCUGCUUCGAAACGGAAGUGCGAUAAUUAUGAGGGACUGUCUGCAAAAACGAGGAAAGACAUAACCAAUGGACUACCUCAAAAGGAAUUAGCUUUUACACCCAUGAAGAUGGGAAUCGAGAGGAAAAGACUGCGGCUAAGCUUAAUGGACGCUAGGAGUACACCUAUUAUAAACUCAGAUUUCAGCUCACAUAAAAAUUCAGAAACCAGUAUUAGUAGCGAGGACUUGUUGACAUCCACCGAACAUUUGUUCAGUGCUCACAACACGAUCGAUUUAUCACCGGACAUGAAACAAGAGAAAGAUUACGUCAGAAUUUCCAAACAAGAAUAUGAGGAAAUCAAAAGUAGAGUUUCCGCCAUCGAGAACAGACUCUCAAGGGAAUUCACUGAUGCAAUACAGCCACGUAUACAACCUUUACAGCAAGUACAGAAUGUGUAUGAACAAACUCUGGAAGAAGUAGCAAUGCUUCAUUGUCCCAGUUCAGAUAAUUUAGCUCGUAGAUUAAGCAAGGAGCUUAAAAUUCGACCCACAGAAGAAGCCAAAAUUAUACGGUCCCCGAGUGCUAGGAAAAUAGGCUCAAUACGAAGACGAUCGAAAGAAAACCUUACAAAAAUAGUGAGGCACAAAUCUUGGAAUGUGCCUUCACAGUCUCAAGCUAGUCACGUCACCGAUAGGUUUUAUCCUUACAUCGGUCUGAGUCGUCAAAGAACGAAAAGUGCCAAACCCGCAAAAACGACGCCAAAAAUUAAAAUCACUGAUUGGGAGGAAUCUGACAACUCAUUCAAUAAUACUUCUGACAGUAGUAAAAAAUAUCAUCUCAGGAAACGGACCAGUCUUGCUCCAGAUUAUAAUCGAGAAAAACCUGUUAGUAAAAUUCAAGCUCGAAGAUCAUUAAAUUUAACAAGCAAUAAUAGUUUUGAAAAUACGCUUUCGGAAACUUCGUUGAAUAAUUCGCAUGAUUCUAGCGGAAAGUCGAAUAGCUUAGAACAGAGGCCCUGUUAUCAAAACGUGGUCGAUCGAAACACACACAAAUAUGCUAAAAAGAGUCCAAUACAGCAGAAAUGGCGAAGCGCAGCCGCUUUCUUCAUGAACAAGACCGGCGAAGUUGACAGCUCUGGGACGACGGGAAGGCCGUCCGUGAACAAACUCAGGCGGCAAAACGCCGGAGCAGUUCUUGCGAAAGCAAAAUUAUUCGAAUCUAGUUCUGAUAAAUCAUCUGAACGAAAUGAAAAAGUUGCCAAUAUCGGCUUUGCGAGGCGUCCCAGGGUUAGUGGUCAACAACCGAUAAGAACCCAAAAAGCUGUCGCUCUUGUUAGGCCUAAGAUGCAUGGCAGUGAGGAACCCAUCACACCUGUGAAAAGUAUUAAGAAUAUACCCGCUGCGCCGUUUGUGCCUACCAAGUCUUCACUAUAUAAUGAAUGGAGAACAAAUAAGAUGUCAUCGCCAAUCAAGAAAGUAACUUCUCCUCAAACGAAUGCGGCAAACUUUACGUGUAGAACUCCACAAAUACCAACCCUAAAAAAGUCUCUCAUUACCAGUAAAACUACAAGAACUAUUGUCCAGUCUGCAGAUGGAAAGAAGUCCAAUACCCCGAUGAAAGCAGUACAUGUAUCACCUAAAAGAAGAUCACCGCGACAAAAACUCCAACGAACAUACAAUUAAACAUUUUAAUAGUAUUAUAUAUUGUAAAGUUACUAUUGUUUGAUAAUUUUUAAAUCAAGUGGCCAUAUUAUAUAUAAAUAAUUAACCUUUACCUACUCAUCUUGAUUUGUAUUAAAAUAAAAAUGAAUACAUGC